CGAGGUAGGGUGGAUGAGACCAUCGCAGGCUGCCGGGAGCCAUGUUGGAGAUGAAUGAAAGGAGGGCGAGGAGAAAUGAGAUGCUGCGUCUCUUAGCCGGAGCUUGAGGAACGGAGCACAGGGAGUAAAUGAAAGGAUCACGGGCAGCGGGAGAGAAGGAGUGCGGGAGGACGUUUGGGCCGGGCACUUCCGUGGACUGACCUAGCAGGGGAGGAGGAAGGAUUAUUUUUUUUAUUCCGCUAAUGGCUGCAUCGCUACUGGGACCAAGUCUGAUUUCCCGUCUCCUUCUGCUGUUGCUUCUCAGCCCUUUGUUUGCUGGCAACCCAUGGAAGGUGGUGGGGGGCUGGGGUUGGACCGACCUAUUCCUCCCCAUCCGUGGACAGGUGAGAAGCUGUGGAUCCAGGCUGUGGGAAAGCCAGGCGGCUUCAUUUGGGGGGCGAGGAGGCUGCCGGGCAUGUCUAGUGCAAUUGGUGCCUUGCACCGGAGGAGGGGACCCUGCGAGGGGCUAUGGCAGUUGGGAGAGACUACGUGGCUGCCCCUGCAAAUUAACCCUUUUGUGCACUAAAAUCAGCAACGAUCAGCAACAGAACGGUAGCGAUGAAGAUGAAGAGGAGGAGGACGAGAGCUUUAUCAAAAGCCGAGUGGGCAAGUCGUGCAUCCCAUUUCACCUCUUACAUUGUUCCGUUCUACAGGGCGAGGAUGGACGGAGGGAGCACAGGACCCGAGCCCAUUUUUCUCCUGUUAGAUGGCAAGCUGUCCCGGUUCUGAGUCGGCCUGGCAGCUCGGGCGGGAAAGUGCUGCCCCCAAAAGCUCCCCCGUACGCCUCGGACGCCCAGGCGCAUUUCAAAGACCCCUUCGGCUGUCUUAUACCUGUCAUUUGUUGCAAGCAGCAGGGAUCCACUGUGCCAGCAGCCACCCUCGUUUUGCUUUUGGACGCGAAGCAGCACUGCCUGUCCACAUUCGGUAAAAUGUUCGCCGGACCUGUGUUUUUCCUGCUUUUCGACCCCCAGUAUUUACCUUCUACCGGAAUGGAAAAGAUCACUCCCGCCGCUUGCACUUUCAGGCUCGGCGGCGGGCCCCGCUGCCUGGACGGCCUACUGGACCUCCAUGGAUAUUGCCCACUGGAGUGCACGGAAAAGAGUAAAGGUGACAGAUGCAAGUGGUGUGAGGCUACUCGGGGUGAGUGUGGCGGCGCCUGCUUACAGAUCUGUGUCAGCCAGCAGCCACCCGCCGGGGCCCGCGACACGCAGGACGGACCCCGAAAUGGAAACCAGUCUUGGAGCGCGGGACCCGUGAGCCGUCAACAGAUGCCCAGCCCUCCAUGGACUCAGCGCUUGCUGUCAGUGAGUAAUUCCAAAUGCAGCGGUUCGGCUCUUCCUAAUGAGCGAUGCGCGCCCAAGUUGCGCUUUUUCACGAAAUGCCGUUAUUUCCCGACGACUAACUGCCGAGAGGAGUGUUUCCCGGGUUGUAAAGGCGUGUGCGGUUGCUGGGAUCGAUGGCGGAGAUCUCCAGCCCCGCGUCCCGAGCGGAGGCCGCCAGGAGCGCACAUUUCAGCACCGUGGUCAGCUCCUAGUCGCCCUCGGCUCCGCUCCGCUGAUAGUGCCGCCGCCGUUGCUGCUGCUGUUUCUGCUGCAUUCCACGCCACCGUUGCCUUCAGCUCCAGCGCUUGCACGCAAAACCGGAGCCACCGAGUGAAGCCUUUGUGCAUCUGCCUCCUGCUACAAGCGUUCAACGCGACCAAAACACGUUUGAAAAAAGUGUGCCCUGAAGCGCACCCCAGGGCCACGGCAGCAGCUGAGCAGGGGGCUGCGUUCUCGUCAAGUUCACCCGCUGAGCUGCCACAGAGCACAAAGAGGCCCAGAAGGACUCGUAGAGCCGCCAACCGUCAUCCUCAAUUCCCGCAAUACAACUACCAGGUUCAAGUAGCUGAGAACCAGCCUCCAGGGACUUCCGUAAUUGUCAUGGUAGCGCAGGACACCGACGCUGGCGAAGCCGGGCGCUUGUCCUACUCCUUGGCCCCCCUCAUGAACAGCAGGUCCAGUGAGUACUUUGAUAUAGACCCUAGCAAUGGUCUCAUCCGCACCACACGGAUUUUGGACCGGGAGCAUAUGGACCUGCACUAUUUCCGAGUUACUGCCGUAGACCAUGGCACCCCACGCAUGUCGGCCACCACCAUGUUGGCCAUUACAGUGUCAGACCGUAAUGAUCAUGACCCGGUGUUUGAGCAGACAGAGUACAGAGAAACGAUUCGGGAGAACGUGGAAGAAGGCUACCCCAUUUUGCAGUUACGCGCCACAGAUUCUGAUGCCCCGGCUAAUGCCAACAUUCGCUACCGCUUUGUGAGCGAUGCAUCUGUGCCAGGCCGCUCCAUUUUCGACAUCGACCCACGGUCUGGUCUGAUUACGACGCGUGGUCCUGUUGAUCGGGAAAAGAUGGAACGCUAUGCCCUGGUAGUAGAGGCCAGUGACCAGGGAAAGGAACCCGGUGCCAGAUCGGCAAGUGUGAAGGUAUUUAUCACCGUUCUGGAUGAGAAUGAUAACGUGCCUCAGUUUAGUGAGAGGCGCUACAUUGUGCAGGUGCGAGAGGAUGUCAGACCACACACUGAAAUCUUACAGGUGACAGCCACCGAUGAUGACAAAGACAAUAAUGCUCUCGUUCACUACAACAUAAUAAGUGGGAACAGUCGUGGUCAGUUCUCCAUAGAUAGUGUCACUGGUGAAAUCCAGGUUGUGGCUCCAUUAGACUUUGAGGUGGAAAGAGAGUACGCCCUACGAAUUCGUGCUCAAGAUGCUGGCCGCCCGCCACUCUCCAACAACACCGGGAUGGUAAGCAUACAAGUAGUGGAUGUUAAUGACAACGCGCCGAUUUUUGUGAGCACACCUUUUCAGGUGUCCGUGCUGGAGAAUGCUCCCCUUGGCCACUCUGUCAUCCACAUUCAGGCCAUCGACACCGAUUCAGGGGACAAUGCCCGACUGGAAUACAAACUUACAGACACUUCUGCAGAUACGCCCUUUGUGAUCAAUAGUGCCACAGGCUGGGUGACGGUGAGUGCAGCCCUGGAUCGUGAGGCUGUGGAGCAUUACUUUUUCAGCGUGGAAGCCCGUGAUUAUGGCUCACCUUCUCUGUCAGCGUCCGCAAGUGUUACCAUCACCGUAAUGGACGUCAAUGAUAAUCGACCAGAGUUCACCCAGAAGGAGUAUUUCAUCCGUCUCAAUGAGGAUGCGGCAGUGGGCACCAGUGUGCUUACCGUGACUGCUGUGGACCGGGACGUUAAUAGUGCAGUGACCUAUCAGAUCACUGGAGGCAACACUCGUAAUCGCUUCUCUAUCAGCACGCAGGGUGGCUCUGGCAUCAUUUCUUUGUCUCUGCCACUGGACUACAAACAGGAGCGGCGGUACGUGCUGACGGUCACUGCUUCUGAUCGUACCCUCCAUGACACCUGCCAGGUUCAUGUCAAUAUCACAGAUGCAAACACACACCGCCCAGUAUUUCAAAGUGCGCAUUACUCAGUAAGUGUGAACGAGGACCGGCCGCUGGGCAGCACUGUGGUGGUCAUUAGCGCCACAGAUGAUGAUGUGGGUGAAAAUGCACGUAUUGUGUAUUUCUUGGAGGACAAUAUCCCUCAGUUUCGCAUUGAUCCAUCUUCUGGGGCCAUUACCUUGCAAGCUGAACUAGACUAUGAAGAUCAAAUGACUUACACCCUGGCAAUCACAGCUCGGGAUAAUGGCAUCCCCCAAAAAUCAGACACCACAUACGUGGAGAUCAACGUGAAUGAUGUGAACGAUAACGCACCUCAGUUUCUGAGUCCACGGUAUCAGGGCACAGCGAGUGAAGAUGCACCACCCUUCACCAGCAUCCUGCAGAUAUCUGCCACUGAUCGGGACGCCCAUGCCAAUGGUCGCGUGCAGUACACCUUCCAGAAUGGCGAGGAUGGGGAUGGCGACUUCACCAUUGAGCCAACAUCAGGCAUAGUGCGCACCGUUAGAAGGCUGGACCGCGAGAGUGUCCCAUUUUAUGAGCUCACCGCAUUUGCUGUUGACCGUGGGAUUCCCCCACAGCGCACCCCGGUGCACAUCCAAGUUACGGUGCUGGAUGUUAAUGACAAUGCCCCAGUGUUCCCGGCCGAUGAUUUUGAAGUGUUUGUGAAAGAGAACAGUGCCGUGGGUUCAGUGGUGGCACAGAUUGUAGCAACUGACCCAGAUGAGGGACCUAAUGCCCAGAUCAUGUACCAGAUUGUUGAGGGCAACAUCCCAGAAAUCUUUCAAAUGGACAUCUUCUCAGGAGAACUGACCACUCUUAUUGACUUGGAUUACGAGGUACGCUCUGAAUAUGCCAUCGUGGUGCAAGCUACCUCAGCUCCCUUGGUCAGUCGGGCCACAGUGCGCAUCAAACUGGUUGACCAAAAUGACAACGGACCAGUUCUACAGAAUUUCCAGAUCAUUUUCAACAAUUUUGUAUCCAACAAAUCAAACAGUUUCCCCAGCGGCAUAAUUGGACGCAUCCCAGCCAGAGACCCUGAUGUUUCAGACCGCCUGUAUUACUCCUUUGAACGAGGAAAUGAGCUCAACCUCCUCCUCCUCAACCACACUAGUGGGGAACUUCGUCUGAGUCGGAAGCUGGACAACAACAGGCCUUUGGUGGCUUCCAUGCUUGUGACUGUCACGGAUGGCAUCCACAGUGUGACAGCGCAGUGUGUCCUGCGCGUCCUCAUCAUCACAGAGGAGAUGCUCUCCAGCAGCGUGACGGUCCGCCUGCAGAACAUGUCUCAGGAGCGCUUCCUGUCCCCCCUUCUGGGCCAGUUUAUGGAUGGAGUGUCGGCUGUGUUGUCAGUGCCCGUGGAGGAUAUUUUUGUCUUCAACAUCCAGCGUGAUGGGGAUGUAGAAGGGGACAUACUCAAUGUGAGCUUCUCGGCGGUCCAGCCUGGCGGCCAGUUUUUCCCGACAGAGGUGCUUCAGGAGCAGCUGUACUUAAACCGCGUGCGGCUCACGGCCUUGGCACAGCUCAGCGUGCUGCCCUUCGAUGACAACGUGUGUCUGCGUGAACCCUGCCAGAACUACAUGCAGUGCAUCUCCGUGCUCAAGUUCAACAGCUCCGCACCCUUCCUGGCCUCACCCUCCAUCCUCUUCAGGCCCAUCCACCCCAUCACUGGGCUGCGAUGUCGAUGUCCGGCCGGCUUCACCGGAGACUACUGUGAAACGGAGCUCAACUUGUGCUACUCGAACCCCUGCAUGAAUGGUGGCGUUUGUGCGAGGCGUGAGGGAGGCUUCACCUGCAUCUGCCGAGAGAACUACACAGGAGAACGUUGUGAAGUUGACAGUCGGUCAGGCAAAUGCAGCCCUGGUGUUUGCAGCAAUGGAGGAAAGUGUACAGAACUACCAGGUGGCGGCUUCCGCUGUGACUGCCCAUCAGGAGGCUAUGAGAAGCCCUAUUGUACCAUCAACUCGCGCUCCUUCCCCCCUAAGUCCUUUGUCAUGUUCCGUGGACUAAGGCAGAGGUUUCAUCUGUCCAUAUCGCUCACGUUUGCUACCUUGGAGACAAGUGGUUUGCUGCUUUACAAUGGAAGAUUCAACGAGAAGCACGACUUUAUUGCGCUGGAAAUCGUAGACGGACAAGUACAACUCAAGUACUCCACAGGAGAGUCCUCCACACAAGUGAGCCCCUACUUACCGGGUGGUGUGAGCGAUGGCAACUGGCACACUGUGCAGGUGCAGUACUUCAACAAGCCGAAACUCAGUUCAACUGGUGAGGCCCAGGGUCCCUCUGAGGAGAAGAUUGCUGUUCUGAUUGUGGAUGACUGUGAUGCUGCCAUUGCACUUCGCUUUGGCCACCAAAUUGGCAACUACAGCUGUGCAGCCCAGGGCGUGCAGUCCAGUUCUAAAAAAUCCCUCGAUCUGACAGGACCACUUCUGCUAGGGGGUGUCCCGAAUUUGCCAGAGAAUUUUCCUGUGGUGAAUCGAGAGUUUAUUGGCUGUAUGAAAGACCUCCACAUUGAUAAUCGUCAUAUUGACUUGGCGACUUAUAUUGCAAACAAUGGCACUAUGCCAGGCUGUAGUGCCAAGCUGCCAUUCUGCGACUCCAGCCCCUGUAAAAAUGGAGGCACCUGCCGAGUGAGCUGGGAGACGUUCUUGUGUGACUGCCCCCUUGGGUAUGGGGGCAAGGACUGCAGCCAUGCAAUGCACCAUCCACACCAUUUUCUUGGGAGCAGUGCGCUUUGGUGGGAUCUGAAGAAAGAGAUCGCCAUUUCUGUACCCUGGUAUCUGGGGCUGAUGUUUCGAACAAGGGGGACCGACGGUGUGCUUUUGCAAGCACAUGCAGGACAAUAUACCACUUUGGCUUUCCAGCUGGACAGUGGGCAGCUGUUAUUCUUGGUGAAUCGAGGGUCCAGCCGUGCUGUGCGCCUCCUGCUUGAUCAGGUUCAAGUGAAUGACGGAAAGUGGCACGACCUCCAAUUGGAGCUCAGGGAUGUACGCAGCGGCAGAGAUAUUCGUUAUGUGGCCACGGUCCGUCUUGAUUUUGGAUUGUUUCAGGGGACAGUCAUUGUUGGAAAUGAACUGCAUGGCCUGAAGGUGAAGCACCUGCAUGUGGGCGGGGUACUCGGGGCUGGCGAGGUGCAGCAUGGCAUGCAGGGCUGCAUUCAGGGUGUACGCAUUGGAGACACACCAGUGGGCAUCCCACUGCCCAAGCCAUCUCGCACAUUAAAAGUGGAGGCAGGUUGCAAUGUGGCUGAUCCGUGUGAUUCCAAUCCCUGUCCAUCCAGAAGUUACUGUGUCAAUAACUGGCAAACGUACACCUGUCAGUGUGAGCCAGGUUACUAUGGGAAGACGUGUCUAGAUGCCUGUCAACUCAAUCCCUGUGACAGUGACGCGAUUUGCAGGAGGAAACCUAGCAGCUCUCAUGGUUACAUCUGUGACUGUGACGACAACCACUUUGGCCAGUAUUGCCAGUACAGGAUUGACCAGCAAUGUCCCAAAGGAUGGUGGGGCAGCCCAACUUGUGGACCUUGUAACUGUGAUGUCAACAAAGGGUUUGAUCCGGAUUGCAACAAGACAAACGGACAAUGUCACUGCAAGGAGUUUCAUUACCGCGUCAAGGGAAGUGAUACCUGUCUGCCAUGUGAUUGCUAUCCAGUCGGCUCCUUCUCGAGAUCAUGUGACCACGAGUCUGGUCAGUGCCACUGUAGGCCGGGGGUGAUUGGCCGACAGUGCAAUUCAUGUGACAACCCCUUCGCAGAGGUCACUCACAAUGGCUGUGAAGUGAUCUAUGACGGAUGCCCAAAAAUUAUUACCUCUGGAAUCUGGUGGCCUCGCACGAAGUUUGACCUCCCAGCUGCAGUGCCUUGCCCUAAGGGAUCCUUGGGGACUGCUAUCCGUCACUGUGACAUGGAACGUGGCUGGCUGGAGCCGGAUCUCUUCAACUGCACAUCUCCAUCCUUCACAGAGCUGGCCUCUGUGCUCGAUAGCCUUGAGCGAAAUGAGACGGAGCUCAACACCAUCGAAGUAAAGAAGCUGGCUCACCAGUUGAGGGAUGUGGCCGAGGAAGUGGGUCGCUAUUUUGGGAGCGACCUGCAGAUUGCUGUGCGUUUGCUCACACGUCUUCUUGCAUUUGAAUGCAAACAGCACGGCUUUGGACUGACUGCCACCCAGGACGCUCACUUUAAUGAGAAUUUGGUUCGAGCCAGCAGUGCCACUCUGGCCACUGUCAAUGCAGCUUUGUGGCAGACUCUGGCUCCAGGUGAGAGAGGUGCUGUAGGGAUGAUGGAUUUACUGGAGGAAUAUGCCGGCACUCUGGCCCAGAAUAUGAAGCUGACCUAUCUGAACCCCGUGGGCAUUAUCACCCCAAACAUUGUUAUGAACCUGGACCGCCUGGAGAACCACACUCAUGUUCGGCGCCGUUUCCCACGUUACCACAGCAGCCUGUACCGCGGCCAGACACUCUGGGACCACCAUACCCAUGUAGUGAUCCCACCAUCAGCUCUUGUGCCACCAAAAGUUCAAGGACCACCAGCCGCAGAUCCCACCCCCACGAGUCUGCCUGCCAAUGAUUCAGUGGAGAUGACCUCAUCGAAGCGCACCCUGCCUGAACCUGAGCCAGCCGUGACCAUUAUCAUUGUGCUGAUCUACCGCACACUUGGGAAAAUCCUGCCACCUAAAUAUUACACGGACCGACGUGGAAUCAGGCUUCCCAAGAAUCCUGUCAUGAAUUCUCCUGUCCUCACCGUGUCUGUUUAUAACAAUCACACUUACGUCCAAGGCGUGCUGGACUCUCCCCUCGUGCUGGAAUUCCGGUUAUUGGAGACAGCCAAUCGCAGCAAGCCACUUUGUGUUCAGUGGAACCACACAAGCCAUGUGGAGCCUGGAGGAUGCUGGACUGUCCGUGACUGCACCGUAGUUUACAGGAACACAACCCACGUGCGGUGUCAGUGCUCUCGGCUUGGCACAUUUGGAGUGCUCAUGGACAGCUCUCAACGAGAGCAACUUGAAGGGGAUCUGGAGACCCUGGCAGUAGUGACUUACUCCUCGCUGUCGGUGUCUUUGGUAGCUUUGUUGCUGACCGUGUCCAUCCUCACCUGCCUCAGCGGCCUCAAGUCCAACACACGUAGCAUACACUGCAAUAUGGCAGCCGCCAUUUUCCUCUCUGAACUUGUCUUCCUUCUAGGCAUCAACCAGACGGAGCAGCAGUUUCUGUGCACCGUCAUCGCCAUCCUCCUACACUAUUUCUUUAUGGCUACGUUUGCCUGGCUGUUUGUCGAGGGUCUGCACAUCUACCGUAUGCAGACGGAGGCGCGCAACAUCAACUACGGAGCCAUGCGUUUCUACUACGCUAUCGGAUGGGGUGUGCCUGCUAUCAUCACAGGUCUGGCGGUGGGCUUGGACCCCGAGGGAUAUGGGAACCCGGAUUUCUGCUGGAUCUCUGUACACGACAAGCUCAUCUGGAGCUUCGCUGGUCCUAUCGGCAUAGUGAUUGUGAUGAAUGGAGGAAUGUUCUUGAUUGUAGCUCGGAUGUCCUGUAGUCCCACUCAGAAGGACACCAAGAAGCAGCCAGUUGUUAGUACAGUGCGCAAUGCUUUCAUCUUGCUCCUCCUGGCCAGCUCUACCUGGCUGUUUGGGCUGAUGGCUGUCAAUAACAGCGUACUGGCCUUCCACUAUCUGUACACCGUGCUCUGCUGCCUACAGGGUCUUGCCGUUCUGCUUGUCUUUUGCUUGCUGAACUCAGAAGUCCAGGAGGCUUGGAAGUUGGCUUGCCUAGGCAAAAAAACCCCACCAGAGGAGACCAAUCGCACCCCACAAAUCACGGGCCCAAACCCAUACAACACAUCACUUUUGGAAGAGAGCGGCCUCCAUCGUAUUACCCUGGGCACAUCCACUAUCUCAUCUGUUAGUAGUGUCCGGUCAGCACACACACACUCCAGCCAGCGGGCAGGAUACCUCAGGGAGAACCUCCUCACUCGACAGGGCUGCCCUGCGGAGCACAGCCUGCUUGGCCACACUGGUGCCACUGAUUUGGACGUCGCAAUGUUCCACCGCGAUGGAGGGGAAGACUCUGAUUCCGACUCCGAUCUGUCUCUGGAAGAGGAGCGCAGUUUAUCAAUCCCAUCUUCGGAAAGUGAGGACAAUGUCCGCCUCCGGGGAAGAAUCCAGAGGCGCUUCAAACGAACCAACCAGAGCGAACGUCUACUUACCGACCCUGCCCACAGCACAGCCAAAGAUCUAGAUGGCAAUGACCUGUUCUCCUACUGGCCGGCACUAGGAGAGUGUGAGAUGCACUCCCUGCAGAAGUGGGGCUCAGAGCGUCGACUAGGUGUCGACAUCAACAAGGACGCUGCGAACAAUAACCAGCCAGAGUUGUCCCUGACCAGUGGAGAUGAGAACAGCCUGACCCAACCUCAUCGCCAUCGUAAAGGAAUACUAAAGAACCGCCUGGCAUGUCCACCCGCCCUUCAGGGCCUCUCUGCCAUGGGCAAGGUGCCCAGUGAGCUCUCCUGGUAUAAGACAUCAACACUGGGCCACAGAGCUGUCCCUGCUGCUUCUUAUGGUCGAAUGUACUCUGGAGCAGGCAGCUUCUCGCAGCCAGCAAGUCGUUACUCCUCCCGUGAACAGCUAGACUCCCUGGCCCGCCGGCAGCUGUCCAGAGAGCGUCUUGAGGCUGUGCCCAGCCGGCAUGGGUCUCGCGAGAACCUUGAGUUUGUGCCCAGCCGGCGCGGAUCUCGCGAGAAUUUGGAGGUCAUCCCAAGCCGGCACGGGUCCAGGGAGAACCUAACCAUGGUUCAGAGCCGUCAUGGGUCAAGGGAGAAUUUGGACUGUAGCACGGGAGGUCCACGUGCCCUGCUGAAUGCCAUGCCCAAGCGACAAGGCUCAAGGGAUCACUUAGAGGCCCUGCCCCGUAGGCUGGGCUCACGAGAGCGGCUGGACGAGCCCGUACAAUCACAGCACCCCUGUCAAGAGUGGCUGAACACACUUCCCACACGGCAGCUUUCUCGAGAGCAGCUGACCACAGACUCUGCACAAAGCCACCACAGUUCCCGGGAGCGUCUCAACUUCCUGCCAACCCCCUGUCGUCAGUUGUCUCAGGAGCAGCUGGACUCUCUUUCCCGGAGACACCCUGCCGCAAGCAGUUCAUCCCGAGAUCAGCUGGCAGCCACCCUGCCCCUGCCAUCCAGGCAGACAUCCAGAGAGCAGUUGGAGAUGCUGUCCCGCCAGCACAGUUCUUCUAGGGAGAGGCUGGACUCUGCACCAUCGGCACAUAGGUACCCUUUACACGAGACCCUGGAUCCCCUGCCCGCCCCACCCAGUCGGCACCCCUCCACUGAACAACUGGACAUCCUCUCCUCCAUCCUGGCCUCCUUCAGCUCCUCUGUGCCACCUGCCACCAUCACUGCGUCCACUGCUGGCCAGACCUCAUCCACCCCUUCUGCACCUUGUCCAUCCACACCCCACUCUGCCACUUCCCACAGCAUCUCUGAACUGUCCGCUGACUCUGAGGUAACAAGGAAUGAAGGCCAGUCCUGAUGACACAUCCAGUGUGCAGGAGUUCAGGGCUCGCUCAAGUCCUUCCCAGGCUACUCGCGUGCGGGCGUCAGCCGCCGGAUCCGUAGGGUCCAGGAAGGGGAGCUGCUGGAUCACUGUGGACUGGUUCGCAGCCACCAGGAGCGGCAAGAUGUUCCGGGACUGCGUCCCCAGAACAAUCAACACAAAUCUUCCGUGCAACAUAUCCAAUGUCUUGAAAGAUCAAGGGGAUAAAAGACAAGGAAAGAACCCAUUUUUUUUAUACAUUUUGUAUCUUUUUUCAUCAGAGGACACUAUUUCUAUUGUGCUGUUUCUAAAACUGCUUUUGCACAAUUUACAAGAUGAACGACCAAUCCUUGGCUGCCAGGCUCACCUUGCUUGCUGUUCUGGAACCAAGUAUGGUGAAUGGUCAGCUGGUCCACUCUUCCCAUUAUGGGUUAAGUAAAGUGCUGACAGUUAUUACUGGGUCAAGUAGAAAGCAAGGCAACCGGCCACUAGCAUGGGCAAAAAUUAGCGGAUUAAACAGAAGCGGGAAGUUGAGAGACCACUUCAGCUCUCGCCCGCCACCAACCCCGCUAACGUUAAAGAUCUCUAUAUAUGCCAAGAAACCAAAACCACAUGCCUUCAGCCUCUGAACACUCGGGCCAUAUCAGUCGUCUCUCCUAUGCAGUCCCCUCUUACUGACACUUGCGAUCACGAGAGGCACCACGAGGCCAAAAUGAACAAAGGUGGGCUGAGCGGUGCGAGAAUUUGCUUUUGGAAAACAAAGUGGCCGCAGCUCUUAGACUCACCCCGCUGUCAUCAGACCCCGCAGGGCUGUGUGUAGAGUCGAGGAGACAGUCCCAUCACAGCGACUAAUGAACACUCGAUCCUACAGCCACCGGUGGGGUUCAGGGUGUUUAGGGUAGGAACCGUUAUCAUUUUAUAACCAUUUUUACAUCCUCUUUUGUUUACAAAUAUCAAAGGAAAAAAAAUUGUAAAAAAAAAAAUUUAAAUGAAGGUCGGGAGGAUGGACACUAGCAACAGGUAGAGCUUGACGUGACGGGCCUCUCCCUGCCUUCACUCCACACCCCGUUUGUGUUAUCAUCGAUGCUGCAGCGUACGACAUUUGUUAGUUUCUUUUUGCUCUUUUUCCCUUCUAGAUUUUUUUUAUAGUAUUGUUGCCAAAAAAAAAUCUACCUUUGCCAAGACACAAAAAGCCUUUAAAACCAUUUUAUAACUUAUUGUUUACAUAUGUAUUUAUUUUUCUUUCUGCAACAAGAGUUGCCUGCUUUAUUAUUGCUGUUAUUGUUUUUUUUCCUGUUUGUGGGAUAUUGAAAAGAAAACAAAAAAUGGUCCAAGGUGGCCAGACUAAGACCCCCAAGACAUACUGCUCACUGGGUGGGUUUGCGUGUCAGUGUGCUUGGGCAAAACGUGCGUACCGAGUUUGAGUGACUGGAUGUGAGCGGGUGAAUGAGGUCAGGUGACCAGAUGGCACAUUUAGUCCAUCGCGCCUGGUGAUGGCGCUCUCUGCGAAAGGUGCUAUUAUCGACUGAAUACAUUCCUCUAAAACGAGAAGCGACCCAUCCAGGCCGGUCAGUGUUUUCUUCUUUUCUUUUAUCAUACCGCACUUCUUUUGUUUCAGCCAAUAAAUGAUGUUCAUAGAAGAGAACGAAUUACAAUUAGAGGACUAGAAAAGGAAAAGUUGGGCUGGAGGAGCCAAUAAGAAUUGAUCCUCCCUACACCUCAACCCCAUAAUAAGUAGCUUGCACUAACUGACAAGGAGCCUCUACUCCGGCAAAGCAUUAGUGACUGACUGGGAUUUUGGGUCAAGUCACGAAACAGAGGAUAACGUUCUCUUAGCGGGGGCCAUCUGGACCCUCAUGCACCCGCCCCUUCUCAGUCAUGACCAUGUGUAAAUGUGACAGGAGCAGAGGGUUCGCUGCCCUCACAAGUUGUCUCUUUUGAAGGAGGCUGACGUAAGUCGGCCAUUUUUACUUUGCAAUGUACAAUUGUAAACGAGCCGAGUCUGAAGAUUAAAAUGAGUAAAAAAAAAAAAA